AGAGUCAAAUUAUUUCUCACACACAAGAUAGCUCACUAGCUUGUCCCUUCUGCUCUAACCUAUCCCCAUGGUUGAACAGCACCAUCUGCAUCUUCUCCCACACUCCCACCAUUGAACACUUCAAUCUGCAACAACUCUGAACCAGAUAUCAGAUAGCAACACUUCAAUCACAAACUCAACUCUGAAACUCUGUUCAUUCUCCCAUGAAUUCGCUUUCUUUAGGUUCCUUCACUCUCACAUACCCACCACCAUGCAAGUUCCGCACCCAUCUUCACCCUAAUUUCCACAAUCUCUAUAUCAAGGGUGCCAAUUCAUCUUCUGUUUCUCUGAAACCAAAACCCUCUGUUGCACCCACUUCGCUGCGAGCGUCAAAAUCAAAUUUUGAUGCUCCGGUCUCACUCCCUGAAGGGAAUGCAUCGUUUGUUCCCAUUGAGGAAAUCAUUGAGAAGGAUUGGUCUGUGCUUUAUCACGGUGACCCCAGUGCUGACAACCGCAUUGUAUCAGCUGGGAAGGUUGAGGAGAGUUCAAGGGUUUUGGUUUCAACUGGGUCUGAAGAUUUUGUGGAUUGCUUGAUGGGGUUUUCUCCCUUCAAGUCCUUGCUUGUUGUUCAUGACUCACUUUUGAUAUUGGCUUGUAUCAAAGAGAAAGAUGAUGGUAUUAAGUGUUGGCAAGGAGAGAUUACUCUUGUUCCUGAGAAAUGGGCUCCCUUUGAUGUUGUGUUCCUUUAUUUCCUUCCUGGGUUGCCCUUUAAACUUGAUGAGAUUCUGGGAUCUUUGGCUAACAAAUGUUCACCUGGUGGAAGGGUGAUCAUCAGUCAUCCCCAAGGGAGACAAGCACUUGAACAGCAGCGAGAACAGUACCCAGAAGUAGUAGUUUCUGACCUACCUGAUAAAACAUAUUUACAAACGGCUGCAGCUGCCAAUUCUUUUGAUGUGGCUGAAUUUGUGGACGAACCUAGCUUUUAUUUAGCUGUUUUGAUCUGCUCCAGGGCUUAAAAACUAGAGAAGAUCCAUUUUAAUACACAAUUUGAUUGGACUUUUGAUUUGAUUUUUCUCUUUUUGACUGUUAGCUAGAACUUUUGGAUGAAGAGAAUUUAAAUUAUACACGAUUUAAUUUGAUAAGUAUGUGAGGCUUUCCCUUACUUGUAUAACCGUGGCAUCCGGAAGCUCCUUUACCCUAUAUAAUCUUUAAUUUUGGGGUUGUAUA